AUGACGGCAGACGUCUCCGAACACACAGGAGGAGCACAAACCAACGCUGUUUCCUACCUCCGCGCCAUAUAUAAGGCCUCUCUGGGGCCGUGCUCGUUUGUGCUGUCCCGUGGCUUGCCUGGGUUUUUCGAGAGGGCCCGCCGCAGCAAACUGGGAGGCAAGGCGCGCGUCAAGGCGCGCGCAGGCCUGCAGUUCCCCGUGGGCCGCGUGCACCGCCUGCUCCGCAAGGAUCACUACUCGGAGCGCGCGGGCGCCGCGCGGGUGUACCUGGCUGCCGUGCUGAGGUACCUGACGGCCGAGAUCCUGGAGCUGGCGGGUAACAGCAGACAAGAAGAGCGCGUCCUCCCGCGCCACCUGCGGCUGGCCACCCCGAAAGACGAGGCGCUCGGCAAGCCCGGGCCCGUGACUUUGGCGCAGGGCGGCGUCCUGCCCAACAUCUAGGGCGUGCCGCUGCCCAAGACCGAGAGCCGCCACCAGGCUAAGGGCAAGGGAGAGCGGCGGACAGCGCCUGGAGAAAAGAGCCGCCCUGACAUCGCAGCCCCCGCGGCCAGCGCCUCGCCACCGUCCCGGAAAGACCGGGCUAGGAGGCGCCCGGGGCUCCCGUGGGGCCCGACCUGGGGCCCCUGCUUGCUCGUACUUGCAUCCGUCACAGACGGACUUAGUCCCCGCUGCUGCCCCCUGUAGCGUCCCCUCCCCAGGAGGACUGGUGCAAAGAACCUGGAGCUCCAGAAAGUUCCCACUUAAGACGUGGGAGUGCCUGCGUUCUCCAGGGUUGACGAUAUGAGGGCCAACUGUACACAAUGGAAUUCAGUCACAAAAGGAAGAAAAUCCUGUCAUUUGCUGAUGAUGUGGAUGAAUCAGGAUGACAUGCAAAUGUGAUAAGCCAGUCACAGAAAGGUAAACACCAUGUGAUCUAUUUCUACAGACUCUCCCCACUGAAUCAUCCCUGGAAUGUGAGAGGAGAAUGGUGGUUUCAGGGUUAAGGAGAGCUGUGUCACACAGAUGUUUAAAAGACCGCCCAAUUUCUGCAAAAUGGACCAACCCCCUCCUCCUGGUUUCUGGGUUCCCUUAGACUCUGGAUGAAAGUGUCACCUUAGGCAAUAGCAAUUCUGCAGAGAAACAGGUCUGGGCUGUGCUGAGCUCACCAGCACCCCCAGUGUGCAUGUAUGUCCCAGAGGCCUUGAUGCUCAGAGUCAGCCUGGCCUCCCUGAAUAGAUUCUUUCCUGUAUGUUUGUGUUCAAUGACUGGGAAUAUGAAGACUGUCCAUCUCUCCACCACUCUGUCAACAUACUGUUGGAGGCUUUAGCCAGUGCCGAAAGGGGGGAAAAAAGGCCAUGCAAGUGGUAGAAAAAAUAAAACCUAUUUUUAAGAUGAUGUGAUUGUCUGUACAGAAAAUUCCAAGGAACCUUCAAAACAAAUGAACUCACUAACUUCAGAGAAUACAAGAUGGACACAAAAGUCAACUAAUUACACUACUAUCCAUACUAAUGAACAUAUGAAAACUGGAAUUGUCACUAGUUUUAGUGAUAAUUGAAAAUAAAACAAGCAGCACUAUGAAAGCACAGGCAAAGGUUUUAAUGGAAAAGUAAGAGAAAGCAGGAAGGACUCCAGCUUGAGUAGCAACUGAAGGGCACACACUCUGAUAAAGAAGGGUCAGGCCAAUCUCACGGCGUGCUGAGGCAGCAGAUAGAGCUAGGUAGUAUAGGAGACAUCCUGGCCUCAGGCUCACAAGAGACAGCAUAGAAUGCCUUCUGGUUACUGGAGACCACAAGGCACCCUGCUCUCACCGUAUUUCCUUCAGCUGAAGAUGCUGACAACUGUCCAGGGCUCCACAGGCAUCCUGUGUACCCUGGACCACCUCCUCACUGCAUCAAGCUCUGAUUCCUGGAGAGUCUCCUGAUUUUAUAAACUUUAAGUCACUAGGGUUGCCUCUUCCCCAGGUAUGAGGGCUGCAGUUUAUCCUCCUUGGAAGUGAGGCCCUUUCCGCCUGUCCAAAAGCCAUGCUAGACAGUACUCAGAUCCGGACCCCAGGUUCCUAGGCACACACUGCUGCAAAGCCUACAGGCCCCCUGCUCUGGAUACCCAGCAACACCUGGCUCAAACCUUCACCCCUUCCCAAGUACAUUAUUUUGUCCUGGUUUUUCAAUUUAGAUCUAAAAUGUCACAAAAGUCUCAUAUGCAGAGAUAGGGCUUUCCAAGGGCUACUGGAUCAUGAGAGCUCUCACUUUAUCAUUAGUGGAUUAAUCCAUGCUGAGAUCAUAGUUUGAUGGCAUUAUUAGGAUGUAAUGGAAACUUAGGAGUUGGGGUUUAGUUGAAGGGAGUGGGUCCAGGCAGUGUGGUCUUGGGGCCUGUAUCUUAUUCGGGCCCUUUCCUCUCUGCUCCCUGGCUGCCAACUGCUUUCUUUUGCCCAGGCCCUUCCACCUUUGGCAUAGGCCCACAGCAAUGAAGCUGGCCACCAGUGGGCUGAAGCCAUGAGCCAAGAUAAGCCUUUCCUCCUUUCAGUUGCUCCCUCAAUUAUUUGGUCCCACAGACAAAAGUCUAACCAAGCUGACCUCCGCUGGGCUGCACACGUUUGGAGUCUCUGCUCACUUCUUUCCCGCUCCAACACAUUCACACACUUCUGUACCAAAACUUUUCAAAUAGGUGUUGGGUUUAAGUUACAAAACAUGUUUCUUUUUACCAAAUCAAUAAAAAUGAGUCACAGUUUCUAUCCUUUUAUGAUCAGACUUGUGUAUGUUAACUCUCUCCUCAUAAACUAAGUGUAUUCUCUUUAUUUUUGUUUUGUUGAGACAGUAUUUCACUAUGCAGUUCAGACUGACCUUGA